AUGCAUGCUAUCCGCGCAAACUCGAUUGGGCAGUCCCUGUGUCGUUCUCGCCGUCUGCAAGCGCUUCCCGCUGCAGCAACAUGGCGAGCCACGUCUCCGCGACCGCUGCCGCACCUCGGCCUCUUCCUCAAGAGGCAGUUCCAAGCCGAGGCGCUGUAUCUGCCGCCGCUGUUCUUCGCGGGCCUUCUGAUCGCUCUGUGGACGCAGAAAUGCAUCGCAAUGGUCCUCUUCCAGAACAAGAUCAUCUACAUGCCUGGCCUGCCACCCAACGCGCGCAGAGAGCGCAUCCAAGACUACGCGAAGCAGUGCUGGGGCAUGCAGUGGGAGGAGAAAAGGACCCAGGCCGCCGACGGGACGAAUCUAGCCCUCUGCGUGGCCUCGGCGACAUCGACUGGUGGCAAGAAGACCACGUCGCGCGACGACGCCGACGAUGACACUCUAUCGAUGCCGGCCGUCUACGUCCUCUACUUCCAGGGAAACGCCUCGUCCAUUCCCCCACGAUUGCCCGACCUAUCAUGGGUCCUUCGAUCGCUGCAGCAGGGCAAGCGGCCUGCGCGAUACACAAUCGUGUGCCUGAGCUAUCGCGGCUACUGGACCUCGAGGGGCCGCCCCUCCGAGAAGGGUAUCAACCUGGACGCGCAAGCGGCUCUACACUGGAUUGAGCGGGUGCACGGGGAGCACGACGCUCACAGGCACCAGCCACUGCCGGAGGUGAUCCUCUGGGGUCAGAGCAUCGGCGCUGGGGUGGCCACCAACCUCGCGGCCUGGGAGGCGUUCCCCUCCACGGUGCGGCUUCGGUCGCUGAUCCUCGAGACGCCCUUCACAUCCAUCAAGGACAUGCUGGCGGUGCUGUACCCCCAGAGAUGGGUGCCGUACCGUCAUCUCUGGCCGUUCCUCCGGAACCAACUGGACAGCUGGACGAACCUAGAGGCGGUUGCCAGGAAUCGGUCUGGGCCGGGUGCGCAUGGAAAGCCUCAUGUUACGAUCAUCGAAGCCGGCAGGGACGAGCUAGUGCCGGCCCAACACGGCGCGAAGCUGGUCCAGCGCUGCGAGGAGGUCGGAUUGACGGUCGAGAAGUUGACGGUGCGCGGUGCGUUCCAUAACGAUGCCGUCAUCAAACUAGAGGGGCGCAAAGCUGUUGCCGACGCUAUCGCGCAAGUUGCAGCUGAAAUGCAAUAG